AUGGCGUCGUCUCGAUUUAUUCGAUUUUUCAGUCGUCGACACACAAAAACUCAAGCAGCAAUUUUAAAUGAUGAUAAUAAUAAUAAUCAUCAUUCAAAAUCAAAAUUUCUUUUUAAUACAAAAACUGAUUUAAUUGAAAAGCCUCAAUCAAUAAUACCAAUUAAAAAUGGUCUUGUUUGUACUGUUGUUUUUCUCGAUGGUGAAGACGUGAAUUUUGAAGUAGAUCGUAAAGCUCUUGGCAAAAAUCUUUAUGAUAAAGUCAUUGCUCAUACAAAACUUGUUGAAUCUGCUUACUUUGGUCUUCAAUUUACUGAUACACAUAAUGUUACUGUAGCUGAAUUAGGAGAUUAUACAAGUGAUGAACACUCAAUUAAAAAUAUAUCACAAUUUCGUUUUCUACCAGAUGAUAAACAAACAGAAGAAUUUGAACGAGAAGUUUUACAAAAAUGGGCAACAUACAAAGGUUUAACACCGGCUGAUUGUGAAAUUCAUUUUUUAAACAAAGCACGUUGGUUAGAAAUGUAUGGUGUAGAUCUACAUACAGUUAUGGGUAAAGAUGGUUUAGAAUAUACACUUGGUUUAACUCCAACUGGUAUUCUUGUGUUUGAAAAUAAUGUCAAAAUUGGUUUAUUUAUUUGGUAA